ACGGCAAGCGGUAUAUUUAGUUUGUUAAUAAAUGCCGAACUCCGCGGCGGUUCAAGACGGUCGGAGAAGGAGUCCUUCCGAGCAUGAGGAUCGUCGAAGUAAAGGUAAAGCAGCUUUGUGCCAGGACGAAGAGCGUCGGGGGAAGAGGCGAUCGUCGUCCUCCCGGCGGAAAAAGCGCAGACAUGCGAAGGGGAGAGAGCGGCGUGCGGAAGAGGAGCCACACGGCGGCCGGAGGAGCGUGUUUGAGAAAGACGGUGAGAUCCGGACUUUGGUGGAGUACGACGAUGUCAGUUCCCAGUCCGAGCGCUUCUCGGAGAGCCCCUCUCCGAAAGCGGACGGCGGUCCGGACGCCCAGCGACUCGCCCAGCGGCGGAUGGGCGAAGCGGGCGCCUUGGACGGCUGCAGCCCGACGUCGCCGGGCAGGCGAUCGAGGAAGGAGCGUCAGUCUACGCGUCCUCGGGUGGACAAGCACGAUAAAUUAAAGAAGGAGCACGGGAGGAAGGAGCGAGGUGGACGAGAUGGGGAGCUGCCCUCCAAGCUCCCAGACGGCUGCAUAGGAAACCGGCGCGGCGCGGAGGGCGUGCGGGACUGCGACUACAAGAAGGGCACAUUACCCCCAAUGUCGCCGAGCAGAAAGUCACCCAGACACAAAAGUAAGACGAAGCCAGAAAAAGAGCCGCCAUCUGCGUAUAAGAACAGUGCAAAAUCUUACGGGGAAGAGCGCGAUGAACUUAAGGCCUAUAGGAGCAGCCCUGCCGUCAGAGACGAAAGUCCCUACAGGGCUUCCUACUCACAAGGCUAUGGAUACCAGUCACCCAGUGCCGGCUAUAGCCAGUAUAUCUCCAGAGGGAGCCCCAGUUACGGCGGCAGGAGACGGUCUCCAAGUCCUUAUUAUUACGGCAGGGAUGUGGAGGUACAAAGCAACUACGUGUCCGAAUCUCCAGGCUCUUACUACGGCAGGCGGAGGCACCAAUCCCCCGGUAGCCCCUACAGCAAGCGGAGAUCCACCAGCUACACCCGGCGUAGCCCGUACGAACCGGGGGAGUUCAACUCCAGCCCCUACGGCGGUCGACGGAGAUCACGGAGUCCUUACAGAAAGUCCUUCAGCCCAAGUCCGGACUCAAGCCGUGGCCCAUACCCGUCGUCACGGCGAUCCCGAUCCCGCAGCCGUCCCUCCAGCCUCUCCCCCAACACCCUGACCUUCAAGAGCAGCCUGGCCGCUGAGCUUAGCAAGCAGAAGCGGAUCAAGGCAUCCGAGGCAGUGCGGGCCAAGAGCUCCAGCAGCACUUCUACACCCACCAAGGCCUCAUCCUCCUGCUCCGCCUCCUUCUCCGCCUCCUGCUCCGCCUCCUGCCCCCAACCCAGCCCCAGUGCCAACCACGCCCCCAAGAAGAGCCAGCCACCCUCUCCGCCCCCCGAGAAGGAACCCAAGCCCUCCGAGGCUAGUCGCCCUCAGCCCCCCGUCGAUGGGACCCCUGAGAUGGAGCCGCUGCAUCCUGACAGAGAAACUGGGGGGGUGGAUAUCUGUCCAGCGCCUCCCCAGAGCAAGAAGACGCCCAACACGUCAGCCAACAGCAAGGAUGCGGAACGUCUGGUCACAGCAACCGCCUCCACGCCCACCCCCCUGCCUGUGCCCCCCGCCAUCCCGGAAAAUGUUGAUGGGGCUGAUGGUGUGAAGGACUGUCUGCUGCCCCGUCCCUCCAAGAAGAAGGCAGAGCCGAAGCCUUAUACCCUCAGCUCCCUGCCCCUGCCGCCCGAGCCUCCGGCAGCCAAUCCCAAAGCCUCCCUAAGUCCCUCUGAGGACACAAAGGCCUCCGCUGCCCGCCAAAGGCCCAGGAUAUGCGGCCCCCGGUUUGGCGAAAUCAAGGAGGCCGGGAUUGACUGGGGGAAGCGCUGUGUGGACAAGUUUGAGAUCCUGGGCAUUACUGGAGAGGGGACCUACGGGCAGGUGUACAAGGCCAAGGACAGGGAUACAGCUGAAAUGGUAGCCCUAAAGAAGGUGCGGCUGGACAACGAGAGGGAGGGCUUCCCCAUCACGGCUAUCCGCGAGAUUAAAAUCCUCCGUCAGCUCAACCACCGGAGCAUCAUCAACAUGAAGGAGAUAGUCACUGACAAGGAGGACGCCGUCGAUUUCAAGAACGACAAAGGAGCAUUCUACCUGGUCUUUGAGUACAUGGACCACGACCUGAUGGGGCUGCUGGAGUCAGGCCUGGUCCACUUCAACGAGAACCACAUCAGGUCCUUCAUGCGGCAGCUGAUGGAGGGCCUGGAGUACUGCCACAAGAAGAACUUCCUGCACAGGGACAUUAAGUGCUCCAAUAUCCUUCUCAAUAACAGGGGGCAGAUUAAGCUCGCAGAUUUCGGCUUGGCCCGUUUCUACAACUCUGAGGAGAGCCGUCCCUACACCAACAAGGUGAUCACCUUGUGGUAUCGACCACCUGAGCUACUGCUCGGAGAGGAGAGGUACUCUCCAUCCAUUGAUGUCUGGAGCUGUGGAUGCAUUCUUGGAGAACUGUUUACAAAGAAGCCCAUCUUCCAGGCCAACCAAGAGCUUGCCCAGUUAGAGCUAAUUAGCCGUAUCUGCGGGAGCCCGUGCCCGGCUGUGUGGCCAGACGUGAUAAAACUGCAAUAUUUCCACACCAUGAAGCCAAAGAAACAAUACCGCCGACGACUGAGAGAGGAGUUUGCGUUCAUCCCCGGCUCAGCCCUGGACCUCUUCGACCACAUGUUGGCGCUGGAUCCCAGUAGGCGCUGUACGGCCCAGCAGGCCCUGAACAGCGAGUUCCUCAGGGACGUCGACCCGGCCAAGAUGCCGCCCCCAGACCUCCCCCUGUGGCAGGACUGCCAUGAGCUUUGGAGUAAGAAGCGCAGGCGGCAGAAGCAGGCGUCCGAGGAGGUGCCCGUGCCAAAGGCCCCCCGCAAACAGCUGGGGCCUGACGACAGCCGGAGUAGCACACCCCAGGGCUGCCCCGCCUCCGGGUCGCUCAAGCAGCCAAUCGGUGUAGCCACCAUGACCCUGGACCCCAAAGCAUCCAGCUCCCAGCUGACCCAGGAGCAGCUGGCCUUGCUGCUGAAUCUGCUCCAGUCCAAGAGUACACCCGGCGCUGCCCAGUUCGCCGGCCUGCCCGUCACCCUGGACACCCUGCAGCAGCUCGCCCAGAAGCCCCCGGGCAAGGCGGAGAACCUUCCGGAGGCCGCUGCUGCCGUACCUGGGCAGGCCAAGACCGAAGGGGAGGACGCUGGUGUGGGCACGCCGGCCGCCUUUGCUGUGCUCCUGGCCCAGCUGCUGAACGCCCAGCAGAAGCAGGCGAAGGACUCUGCUGACCAGGGGGAGGCGCUAGAGUGUUCUGCUGAAUCCAAGGCUGCGGUGGGGGCACCAGAGCCUCCCCCAGAGCCCAGCCCAGUAUCACCAGUGUCUGAGGGCAGCAGUGUAUCCGCUCCACAUCAGCCCCCCACUGCCGUCGAGCUGCCCUUGAUCCUCCCCCCGGAUCAGAGGCCCCCGGAACCACCGGAGCCACCGCCGCCUCCAUGUGGCGACGUGCAGUACAGACAAAGCUUGGACGCCAGCAGCCAAACAAAGAACGUCCUGCAGCCAGUCAGCAGUGGCAGUUCAGGGCUGCCCCCUGAGCCCGAUUACCCAGCUCCCCCUGCCCCUCCGCCGCCGGAGCCCCCCAGCUUCACUGGUUACGGUCUGGCUGAUGGAUUCACACCCUUGCCCCCGCCCCCACCCAUGCCCAUACCCUCUCCAAACUUUGCUCCCGGCUUCCUGGUUGGCGGGGUGCCCUCCCACCCCCAAAGGGAGCUGUUUGGCGGCGCAGCACCAAUGCCACCGCCCUCCUUUGCGAGGCCACCGGUGCCACCUGGUUACAGAGACCCUUUUCCCCAUGGUACACCCCCUGUUGGCAGCGGCAAAGGUAACAGCGUGAUGUUCACGGGUGACCGAGACCACCGCUUCGACUGCAACCACAUGCCCCUGCCUAUGGAAGGCCUUCCCCACCCUGGCGGCAUUGGGCUCUACAACCACAGCACGAGCCAACAGGAUGGUGUGCUCUGCCCUCCGGUUCCACCCAUGGCUCCUCCCCCAGUGAUGCCCCCGGGUCUGCCUCCGGCUCUGCCUCAAGUGCUGCCGCCGGGACCUCUCCCAGGUCGUCCUCCACCCCUAAGACCGGGUUGGGACUCCCUUUCCCAGGCUGGGGCACCCCCCUUUCCCCCCUGCUUCCUCCCACGCACGAACGCUGCAGCAUUGAGGGGGCGUGGCCUUCCAUUCUGAUUGGGAGGGGUGAGUGACAAGGUCAAGCCCAAGCGUCCAAUCAGCUUGAGCGAAGCGCACUCAGGUUUCCAUGACAUAGUAAACACAAACUUGAUUUGUUAAAUUAUAAUGAAUCCUAAUGGAAUAAAGCAGUAUUCCCUGUAUCUGGGAAGAAUAUGUACGUGAACCAGGCAAGGAUGGGAGAGCAAUUUCUCUUCCCCUUACCAAUUUUGUAAGGUUUUUAAACUGUUUUACUGCUGUUUUUGAGUUUACAUUUACCUGGUCAGGUAUUUCAUUUCGUUAUUUUUACCUGUAAACAAGUUUUUCGCUUAUGGAUUAGUAUUAACAGGUUUUGAACCUCAAGGAAAAUGUAAUAUUAAAUCUGUGAGCUACUUAUAUGGAAUGAGGAUGAUGGGUAAUCUACACUUGGACCAGUUGUAGUAAUACAAGUGUUUUCAUGUUUUGGUUCUGCAGAAUUAUUUUGAUUAUCACACCUAGGGAUUUUAAUUGAUAAUCCCGAAAGGUCUUUUUUUUUUUUCUUCUUCUUCUUCUUCUUCUUGAGAAUAGAUCUACAACCUUCUGUAUCCAUUCUGCUUCUUUUAUCAUCACUGUCUUUUUUCCCCCAGGUAAAAAAAGGACAAAAAUCAGGUUAAAAAAACGCAAAAAGCUGUUAGUCAUUUGUGGCUUUUUGUAUGAUGAUUUUCAGGCACAAGUUUAAUAAAGAAACGGAUGAGCCCGUGUUCCAGUU